AUGGAGAACUCCCUGGAGGUCUGGCAUCGCGGUUAGUUUUUUUUUUCUUGAUUUUUUAUUGAGAAUAAAUGAUUUUCUGUUAGAAAAAAAUAAAUCAAAAAUAUUUUUUUCAAAGGAAUUUUAAGGUUAUAAGAUCAAAAAAAUUAACACGCUGUCUCUGUAAUUUUCAAAAAGUUUCAAAAGCAACGGGUACAAAAAAAUUUUUAUUUUUUUGAUUCUGAUGAAACUUCAUCCAGUGUGAUAACCCAUCAUCAGAAAUGCGGUCGCAACUUUUUUUGAGCCAUUUCCUCUUACUGUAGUCGGGUUACGGUAGGCAGGUGGGCGCCUGCGUAUCUAAGUAUUGAAGAGUUUUUUUACUAGGCAAGUGAUAUAUCAAUCGAUAGGUAAUCAAAUUUCAUUAACUUUUAUAGUACAUACUAUCUUGGGUUACUGUAGGAAUUCUCGAGUUACGGUAAUUUUUGUGUUUGGAAAGUCGGUUUUUCGGUCACCCUGGUCGUGGGCAUAGAAUCGCAUCGUAAUUACUCAUAUGGAAUAUGUCUUCUAGUAUGUUCUAAACAAUGGCAAAAAAAAAAGUUCGAAUUUCUAAACCCGUCAUCUCGAGAUUGCACUCCGAACGCGCGCAACUUGGCACUUUGCGGCGAGGGUUGGUCGUGGUUUACGAUUUUUCACAUUUUUCUUCUGUUAAAUAUUGGUGUAAAACUUUUCUAGAUUAUAACUACAGUAUGUUUUGUAACAUUCAAAGGGGUUUGAAGAGAUCUUUACGCUACAUAUUUGGCCGAAACUUCGUUUUGAACUCUAUUUUGGCUUGAAAAAGCGCGAUUCGCUCUGAAAACAUUCGUUUUUAAAAAUUUUCGACAUCCCGCAGUUUCCAAAGCUAUUAAAUAUGUAACUGACAUCUUCUAGGUAACAAUUGAUAUAGUUUUGUUCAACUCUUACCGAACCCGUCCAACUGAAAUUUAGCUUUGAACUUACUAUUUGCCUAAAAAAGCAAUAUUUGCUCUGAAAAAACCGAUUUUUGAAAAUUUCCAACUGUACCGCUGUUUCCAAAGCUAUCAAAUAUGUAGCUGACAUCUUCAAAGUAAACAUUCAUAAGACUUUGCUCGACUUUUAUCGAACCCGUCUAGCCUAAAGCCCCUUUUGAACCCUAUUUUGGCUUCGUCGGUGGGUUUGAUGUUGGAUUUUUUAGUCUCUUUUUGACAGUUACAGAGACAGCGUGUUAACUGGUUUUUGACAUAAUUUAUAACUUUUUUUGAGUCCAAAAACGAUUAUUUUUUUCGAUUUUUUCAUGGAUAUAGUCCCUAAAAAAACUUUAUGGAGAAUCUCUUGGAAUUUUAAAAAAAUUCUAGGUUUCGAUUUUCGAAAGAGAGUAUUGGUUUAUAAUUUUUUUAAUAAUCUGUGAGUUUUUUUGAAGAUCUCUAUAUGAGAAUAAAAAAAUUCAGUUUCUGUUAAAAAGAAAGAAAUGAGGUUUUUCAAGGUUAUGCGAUUGAAAACAUAGUAGUUUCUCGUUUAUAGUAGUUUAUGGUUUCAUUUUUUUGAGAUUAGAGUGGUUUUUUUCGUUUAAAAAUUAUCCUUUUUGUCAAUUUCGCUGAAGAUUUUCCAGCUCUUUGAUGUUCUUUUUUUCAGAUUACAUGAAAAAGAAGAUGGGAAGCGGUUCUUCGCCGCAGGUAACGGGUUUCGAAUAUUUCCACAGAGUCUCAGGUUUCGUUUGAAAGAAAAGAUUUAAAUUUUUUUAUAUUUCGUAUUUUUUUGCACUUGUUGUCUAUUGUAAAAUACAUUUUCAAGAUUUUAAACUGUCUGUUGUGACUUAAAAUAAGGCUUAUUUGUGAAAUUUCUUUGCCUUUUUCCAGAUUUUUGAAGUUUUUUAAAAUGUUUCUGCGACUUUCAGAAAGUUCGUCGGGUGUCGACGAAUGUGGCGAAGGCAGGUUUGUGAUUUUUGGAAAUUGUUAUGAUUAUUUACUUGCUUUUAGUAAAGGCUCAUACCUUGACUUGAUUUAUCUGUUAUUGAUACGAAUAAAUUUCCUGAAUUCCUUGAAAUACGGUAGCCUUUAAGAAAUUCAGGAACUGCGUUUGAAUCUUCAAAAAUUAGAGGUUAUUUUUUUCUCUGAACGCCCUCUCGUUUUCCAGUGCUCUCUAGCUUUUGAAGAUUGGAAGGUACUGGGAAAGUUUUUAGUGGCCACUAUAGAGGCUCGCCAAGGACUACUUGGAGAGGACACUAAAGUGGCCACUAAACCCACCUUUUUAGUUGCCACUAAUUUCCGUUUUAGUGGUCACUUCAGUAGUUUCUCAUCCAUUAUUCCUUCCAGUAACUCUAAUAGUUUCAAAACAAACAGAUUGGACCAGUUACGUUGAUCCAUUGACCCCUAGAGUGGCCACUAAAAUUGUUAGUGGUCUAGUAGUAGCACUUAGACCUCUAUAGUGGCCACUUAUUUUUAACCCCUUAAGUGGCCACGAGUUUUUCUGUCAUCGUGGCCACUAAAACGUCAAAACCCUAUAGUGGCCACCAUUUAAAAUUUUCCCAGUAGGCUUGAAAAUUAUCUGACUCUCCAAAAAUCAGUUAUCUUUUUCUUUUUUGAAUUUCUCGGGAGAAAGAGAGCAAAAGCACUUCAGCCAUGCCAAAAUGGAUGCCGGCUGAUCCGCCGAUACCGUAUCCUCUCGUCAAGACCCAUUACCGGAAAGUCGAGCCGGAGGAACUCGACGGCUUCUUCGCAUCCGUCUAUGACGUCCUCUUGAAGCGACUUUUUCCCGAUGCGCGACAGGCGGUCGAUGAGAAGACCUUCGUCGCCGUCUCCAGAAUGUUCUUCAGAAGACGUGUCGACCACGUCGCUAGCCAGUUUGUCGAUGUCCCCAAGGUAGGAUCGCCGUUUCACGGCUAGCUUGGGACUAAGGGGGCGUGGCCUGUCUGCGCUAUCCACUAACAAGGCGCUAUCGUGUCAGGACCCUUCAUUCGAGCCAGCCGUGGUGCAGCUAUAGGAAGCAGGGUUGUUGCGAAUGUGCUUUUUUGAGAUUAAAGCGAGAAAAAUUGCCCAAAACUGUACAACUGUAGGUCUCGCUGAUGGAGGGCAACUUGAUGGUUCGGCUGGUCAGCGACGUGAUCAACUCCUACGGCGAGAUCAAGGUGUUCGGCGGAUCGAUCAGAGUCGUCCCGGUCAUGGAGACCGUCAAUGGGUGGAACGGCAAGGAGGUGGUUUUAUAGGCAAAAAUUUGAGAUUUUUGCAAGUUUUAUGAACAAAUGGAGGCUAUAGGAAGAACGCAAAAAUUUGUUUUUGGUCUGAAAAAAGUUCGAAAAAUGGUGCGAAAUGGGUCCUUUUACAGAGCAAUUUUUUGUAUUUUCCUCUAAUUUUCGCUUCAUUUUUCAGUUUUUUAUGGAUCUUUUCUGAGUUGUUUUUAUUUAAUGUGCUCCAAGCCGUAUUAUUUUAUUCCUUUUUUCAUUUUUCAUUCUAGUGGCCAUUUAAGAGGCUCCCCAAAGGCUACCUGGAGAGGACACUAAAGUGGCCACAAAAACGACCUCUUUAAAAACAACUGUCUUGCGUUUCAUUGGCCACAGAAGUAGUUUUAGUGACAAAGUAGUAACACUCCUGAAAGACUCCUCAAGAGGCCACUAAAUUCUAGUCACUUAAGGGGUCACUAAAGCCCCAGAAUCCACCAUUUUGCCUCUUAGUGGCCACUAAAAAGUAGCCUAGUAGUACCGUUCAAACUCCUAAAGCGGUCACUAAACUUAAGCCACUAUAGUGGCCACUAAACCGUCAAAACCCUGCAGUGGUCACCAAACAUUUCCAGGAAAUUCCCCUGAAAGUGACGCAGAAGAUGCUCGCCGACUACAACGAGUUCACCCACAAGUGUUUCUCGAGACGCGUCAGCAACCUCGGAAGACUCGCCAGAAAUGUCUCCGGCACCUGCGCCUACAUCCUCAACGUCAGAAAGUCGGUGGGAGACGAGCCCGCGACUCGGAACGACGAGAUCGUCCAUGUCCGGUCCCAGGUCUCGGAACUCACCAAAAUCGACGUCGCCCACGCCGCCCUGAUGGCCAACUCCUAG